CGGGUGUGUGUUAACGCAUGUGUUACGAAUUCUGCAGGUCCAUCCAUCCAUCCAUCCGUCUACAUCCCCCUGUCGAUGUACACGCCCACACUCCCAACAGGCACCGAGCUAUACACAAACACGACCAUUCGUCCAUGCCAUCGACUGCAUUCCAUGGUGGCGGUGAAGGGAGUGAGGGAGGGAGAAGAGUCCAGAAAGUAGCUAGGGCCGCACACAAACGCCCCCCGCCCUGCAAGGGGAGGGAGGCAGGGAGGCUCUAAUAUCGUCCAUCCAUCCAUCCAUCUCUACAGCAGCCGUGCCUGCACACACAGCCGGCCAGCUGAUUGAAUGGAUCAAAUCAACCGAUGCUCACACAGAGAGACAGACAUUAUCUAUAUGGUACAAACAAACAGAGGCGCCCUAGCCUGGCUGGCCACACACCACUGACCCCCCAGUCUUGCUCUCUGCUAUCCGCCUCGAGUCAGCCAGGCUCUCUACGGCCCUGCAGGAAGGCACAAGUGAGUGACACAAGAGAUGGAUGGAGAGGUCGAGUACUCGCGACGAGUGACUUUCCGUACUGAGCUUCUCUUCUCACCUUCUGACGUUGACGUACACAGUUGUCUCAUGUUGGUGUCGGAUGGCCGUGGGCAGGCCACUGUCGUCGAGCCACAAUGGAGACCACCCGUCCCGCGUCUGCGAUCGGCCACCAUGCAUCUCCUACACAGACACGUGGGCCCAGCCCAGCCCACCAACACACAGACGACACGACACGAUGAGAAUACUCACCUGGGAUGCAUUCAUUCAGGUGCGUCAAUCAACGUCAGGUAUGUACGUGUGCGAGGGGGGUUGAUGGGCUACGGGUGACGGCCUGCAUGUGGGGCAGGUCGAUGGGCGACGGCAGACCCCGACUCAUCUCAACCUGACACGACACACACCCGGUGGGUGGUGCUGGUGGUGUUGGUUGGCCUCUCUGUUGCCCACUCCCUCCCUCCCCCACCGUCUGUCCGUGUCCGCCGAUGCGUCUGAAUGAGAGCAGGUGUGGGAAGGAGCACCGCAGCUCGACCAACGUCAGCAAAGGAGUGGAUCCCACCCACCUGCAGGCAGGCAUCGCAUCGCAUCAAUCAAUCAACAUACACACACAUCAUACAGACAGACAGGCAGCCAGGCUCCUGUAUGUGUGUGUGUCCAUCGUGUCGGUGCACCGACCCGAUGUGGAUGUGUGUUAGGUGUUUCCACCCGCGCAGGCUGUCAAUGUCGUGACGCGUCAGUCGCCAACGACCCCUCAACUGCAUCACACGCAUCGGAUCGCACACACGCACACCAACACACACAUCCGUCUUAUCUGCUCUUCCUAUGUGUCUGCUGACCUUGAAGGUGUCCAUGUGUGGCGUGUGGUGGGCGAGCCUCUGCAGCAUCAAGCUGCCCACACGCAUGCUGUCAGCCUCGAGCACACGCAAAGGCGGCCGGCGACGGGCAAUCAGCUGCACGAAUGAAUCAAUGAACGACCAGAUGCAGCCACAGCCACCCCGACAGCUGAGUGAGUGAUGGUGCAUGCGGUGCGGCGUACCCUGACGUGUGCGUCGUCGAUUGCGGGCAGGUGGAGCUCCUGCAGAUGGCCCAUCCCGCCCACGGCCUCCAGAAACAGACGACCAAUGUCCAUCACACCCUCACUGUGAGACCUGAGCGUGCCCGACCCAGGUGCACUCAUCAGGAUGGAUGGAUGGAUGGACGCGCUUCUCACACCUCAUUCACUCACCUCUGUCUGUGUGUCCUGUAUGCGGCGUGUUGGAGGCCGGUCAUACUUGCCAGCCACGCCACACACCGACGCCGCUCAUCCACCGACAAAGGAUACCACUCCUGUCAGUCAGUGACACUCGCACAACAUGCCAUAAUACAUGAUGCGUGUGUCACUCACACAUACCUCGAAGGUCAGGGCGAGCCGCUUCAGCCUCGGCGUGGCGUCCGCAGCGGGGAAUGCGGCACAGUGGCCGAUAUGCGUCAGCUCCAGCGACUCGAGAUGAGGCAACCGCGGCAGCAGCACACGCGGCGCCACCCCCUGACCAGAAAGGAACCAAAACACACACGCCAUCCAGGAAAUGAGGCCACUAAACUCGAGGGCCUUCCCACUCACUAGCUGACCUCGUGUUGUCCCGCUGUGCGGAAGGACACACGCAGGUGCCGCAAGGUGCCGGCCAGGGGCGCCAGGGCCGUCGCUGAUGAAGCCAGAGUAAGGCAGUUGACCGGCACCAGUUUCCUGCACCGCCGCAGAGACGACAGCAGGAUGCCCACAUGCUCGCACGGCGCGUGAGAGACGUACAACUGAACAAGAAGGCGAGGCGUGUUUGUGUCAGUGCUCGCAUCGCAAGCCAUCACCUCUUGCACGUGUGCGAAUCUCGCCGCCAUGUUGACGAACUGUCCACGGGGCACACGCGUGAACAGCCGAUCGACCCAUGAGUGGAUGCGAUGAAGCUCCACUGAGUGGUAGGCCCGCACGUGGCGCGCACACCGCUCGAAGGACCUGCUGACGCGCGCACUUCGCGAAAGGUUGUGCACACACAGGUAGCUCAGACACGAGAAGAAGAGCUCCUGAACCAACAAAGAAGUAUAGCAACUGUAGCUAAUUUGGAACAACGCGCUUUCUUUCUGGAAAUUUGUAUGUGUGUUCUCUCUGACUGACGAACCUCGGGCAGCCCCAGGCACUGGUGCCGCACGAGCAUUGCCUGACCCAAACUGCUACCCCUCCUGCCAACCUGCACACACAGGUGGGGUGGGGGCAUGCACCUGUCAUUCAAGCCACCUCUCUCGCCCUUCCUGACCUGGCCCUCCAGCCCCACUCGGCGCCGCUUGUCACUCUCGGCCGGUGCGAUAGUGUCGGCCGUCUCGUCACCAUGUAACACGUCGUCCAUAUCGCUGCUGCGUGUGUGUGCCAAGAGGUCCUGGAGGCACUCGUGCGGCAGCUGGCCGGCGUGGAUCAUCGCGUGCAGCUGCCGCUUGAUGGCCAGAAACACUGCAUUGUGCUGCAGCAGCCGGGCCACGACCUCUCGAGCGUGAAGGUCCAACAGCCGAUGCAGAAGCAACCUGCACCACACCAUGGGGGACACUCGAGCGUGUUUCAUUCGUUUGAUUCAUUGUGUUACAUACUUGUGCUCGAGUGUUUCCACCGUCGGCUCAUGACGCAGUAGCGUCGCCAUUCACGCAGUGAAGGCGAGCUCAAG